GUCUAAUUACUAAAGCAUUGUCAUGCAGAGGCUUCCUCCGUUGUCAACGGAGCUGAACCGAUGCGAGCGUGCAUUCGUUGGUAACACCAUAGGUCAGGCAAAUGGUGUGUACGAUAAGCCGCUCGAUCUACGCUUCUGCGAUUACACUAACGAGAAAUCGAACCUGAAGGGGAAAUCUCUUACAGCUGCACUUAUGUUGGAUGCUAAGUUUGAUGGUGCAGACAUGUCUGAAGCUGUGAUGUCAAAGGCUUAUGCUGUUGGAGCUAGCUUCAAAGGUACAGACUUCUCGAAUGCGGUUUUGGUUCGAGUUAAUUUCGGAAAAGCGAAUCUGCAAGGAGCUAUAUUCAAGAACACAGUGUUAUCUGGUUCAACAUUCGACAAUGCGCAGCUUGAAGAUGCAGUUUUUGAAGAUACCAUCAUCGGUUACAUUGAUCUUGAAGCUUUGUACCAACACAAGCAUCGAUCUUUGAAGGAAGAGUUGAGUUGGGUUGCCGAUGUGAUUUAUAUACACAUAUAUAUUCUAUGUUCUUACUUUCUUUUUCUUUUUUAAUUUUCAUGUUGAGAUUAAAAAUGGUACUGGAAAACAUUUAUUUUUGGUUUUGCUGCGUCUUUUAUUUGCUUUGGGCCGCAAAUGAAACAGAUAAAAAAUUUGUGGAAAGGAAUUUGGGUCAAUCGGCGCUCAGGCUGAUGUCUGAUUUGAAAGUUUGCUUUACUACUUAAAGGCAUAAUGACUAUUUAAAAGAAAAUUUCUAUUUUUCA